GUUUUCUCUUUUGAUUCGUCGGAUAGGGGAAUAAUCAAAAUACCCAUUUAUUAUCUCAAAAGGUUAAUGUUGACUUGUCCUUUAGCCUCUUUUAAGAUUUCACCAAUAGACUCAGAACCACAAGGUAAGAACCAAGUGUUGUGAACUUGCUGUCAUACGCCUCAAACUCAUUCCCUUCAUCAUUUGUCUGGAAACUGAAAUCAGGGAGAAACGUUGAUCUUAGACUUGACAGUGUUAGAUUCGAAUCAUGUGUAGUUGAAAGAAGAAAUCUUGGAGGAAUUUCUUUGAAGGUGAUUUAAUCAUUGCUGUGAAGGCGCUGAAAGGUGUGAUACUGCAGGAGGAGGGGAAUCAGGAAGAGCCAUAUGGUGAAUCUGUGGAAAGAAUAUAAACCCAAAAGGGGGUUUUGGGACUGUUUUUGCAUCCCCAUCCAAUGGUUUAGCAUGCUUUCUAGGGAAAUGCAUUGGAGCUUUGUAUUUGGGGUGGUGGUUAUUUACGGAAUAAGCCAAGGACUUGGUGUAGCUCUUGCUGAAGUUGGCACAAAGUAUUACAUGAAAGAUGUUCAGAAGGUGCAGCCAUCGGAGGCUCAGAUUUAUAAAGGAAUCACAUCCAUUCCUUGGGUUGUGAAACCUAUUUGGGGUCUUCUCACUGAUGUUCUCCCAUUUUUUGGGUAUCGCAGGAGACCUUAUUUCAUUUUUGCUGGUAUCAUAGGAGUAGUUUCCAUGCUUUUGUUAUCUUUGCAUGAAAACCUGCAUCUUGUGUUGGCCCUUCUGUCAUUAACGGCUGGAAGUGCUGGGGUGGCAAUAGCAGAUGUAACCAUUGAUGCUUGUGUGGCACAGAACAGUAUCUCUCAUCCUUCACUUGCAGCUGAUAUGCAAAGUUUAUGUGCCGCCAGUUCUUCCAUUGGAUCACUAUUUGGUUUCUUCAUCAGUGGAGUCUUUGUUCACCUUAUAGGCCCAAUGGGGGUGUUUGGUUUGAUGACUAUCCCAGCUGGACUAGUAGUUUCUGUUGGUUUUCUGCUUUAUGAGCCUCGCAUGCACCACACAUCAUAUAGACAGGUGAAACAAAAUUUUGUUGAUGCUUCCAAGGCCAUGUGGACUACAUUGAAGAGUGAAGAUGUAUGGAGGCCUUGUUUAUACAUGUAUUUAUCCAUUACAUUGAGUUUGGAUGUUCGUGAAGGAAUGUUUUAUUGGUAUACAGAAUCAAAGGGCGGACCAUCUUUCUCGCAGGAGAGUGUUGGUUUUAUAUUUUCAAUUAGUUCAAUGGGGUCACUUUUAGGUGCAAUCCUAUAUCAGUAUGCUCUGAAGGAAUACGCAUUCAGGAACUUGCUGUUCUGGACUCAGUUGAUAUAUGGUCUGUCAGGGAUGCUUGAUCUGGUUCUGGUAUUGAGAUGGAACCUGAAGUUUGGCAUAGCAGAUUAUGUGUUUGUUGUGAUUGUUGAAAGCAUAGCCCAAAUGACGAACAGGCUAAAGUGGAUGCCUAUGCUGGUGCUUAGCUCAAAGCUGUGUCCCUCAGGCAUUGAAGGAACCUUUUUUGCUCUCUUGAUGUCAAUUGAUAAUGUUGGACUUCUCUCUGCAGCAUGGGGUGGUGGCUUUGUUCUCCACAUUCUGAGGAUCACAAGAACAAGGUUUGAUAAUAUUUGGUUGGCUAUUUUGAUCAGGAACAUCUUAAGGAUCACUCCACUUUGGCUGCUGUUUUUGGUUCCUAGAGCUGACCACAACUCUUCCAUUCUCCCAACAACUGAAACCGUUGAUUCCGAGGUGGUCAUUGAGACCUCAGAUUCCAAAAAUGUUGAAUUGGUGUCCCUUGUACACAGUGUUGAUGGUAAAUAGUUCAAUCAAAGUUAGAGACAUUCUUUUGCACUCUCAGUUCCAAACACACGAAAUUACCAAGCUAGUGUAGCAUUACAA